GAAAGCAAACCGCAACAUCUGCGUCAUAAAGUGGCUAGACAAAUUUGAAAAAAAGGUGGGGACAUGUCCUAUCUGUCCCAAAUGUAACUGAUGCCUAUAUGCUAUGCUAUUUGCUAUAUGCUUAUUACGUUGUCAUGGAUGGGCCAAGUUUCUGAACACCACAAAAAUAUUGUUGAUGUGUAAAUGUGUACAGCCAUGUACUCUUUUCAGAUGUACAGAGUCUUUCCCACAAGAUGUUCUUUUUGGACUGGGUAAGAAGUUCUGAUUUGGGUUUUGAGUCCAGUAUUUGUUCAUAGUAUAAUUCCUCACAAUGUAACUUAAAGGAGAUCAUAGAUUUGGGUGGUUUCUGGGCAGAAUUUUAAAGAGUCUUAACUGAAAUGAAUGCAGUCACUGUUACCUAGUCACUUUUGGCACUACUUGUAUUUCAUGGCACCAGGCCCAUGUAAAAUCUGCCACCUCGUUCAUGUUUAUUCAUUUUCCUCUUGCUGUUCUCUGUGUGGGUUUCUGAUUCAGUCCAUUUAUUCAUGAUGUCACAAUGUUUUUCUUCCCUUUUCUACCUUAGUGAUGUCAUCAUCCACCCCCUUCUUGUCUGAGGAGUUGUUCCAGUGCUCUCUGUGUCUGGAUGUUUUCACCCAUCCCGUGUCCCUUCCAUGUGGUCAUACGUUUUGCCAGUCAUGUAUCCUUGCACAGUGGAUGGCAUCUGGCUCCUCCCAUUGCCCCAAAUGCUCCGCGGUUUUCCAGGAAACACCAGAGCUCUGUGAAAAUUCUUUUGCUCGUGAGAUGGCCGAACAAAUCCGUAAGCAGAAGGGUCAGAGGUCAUCAGUAUAUCGUCCUGUCACAUCAGACAAUGUUUUAUGUGACAUGUGCCCAUUGGAGAAAGCAUCCUCUGCUGUAAAAUCUUGCCUGGUGUGUGUGGCGUCAUACUGUGAGGUGCACGUGAUGUCCCACACCUCCAGGUUCACUAAGCACAAGCUCGUGCAGCCGCAGCGGAUGGAAAAGCGAAUUUGCAGGAUACAUGAAAGACCCUUGGAGCUUUAUUGCAGAUACGACCAGUCUGCAGUUUGUGUGUUGUGCAUGAAUACAGAACACAACACACACCACACAAUACCAGUGGAGACAGAAUGGGCAGAGAGAAAGACUCAGUUAUUAAAGACACAGUCUGACCUGAAGCAGAUGAUUAUGGAGAGAUGGAGUAAAGUUGAGGAACUCAAGCACUCUAUAAAACUAAACAAAGAGAACACCGAAAGAGAGAUGGCAUACAGUGUUGAGGUCUUCACUGCACUGCAGCAGUUUAUUGAAAGGAGCCAGUCUGAGCUGCUCAGAAAGAUGAAACAGGAGCAGAAAACUGCAGAGAAACAUGUAGAGGGCCUUAUUAAAGAGCUGAAGGUAGAAAUCGCUAAACUGAACGCUAGAAACUCUGAGCUGGAAAAGCUGUCAUCUUCUGAAGACCACCUUUACCUGAUACAGGCUUUCCGUAACCCAGGUGAGUUGCCUCAGUGUAAAAGCUGGUCUCAGAUCAGUGUGCACACCUGUCAGGGUCUGGAGGUUCUGAGAGAAACCCUGAAUACUGCAGAAGAACUGCUGAAAACACAAAUAUACACCGUCACAAAGAGAGAACUUGAGGCCAUAUCCCAGUAUGCAGUGGAUAUGACCCUUGACCCUGACACAGCAAACCCCUGGUUGGCGGUGUCUGCAGACAGGAAGCGUGUGACCGACAGCAAUGUAGAACACAACGUUCCAAACAGCGCUCAGCGUUUUGACAGUGCACCGUGUGUCCUGUCAAGAGAGCUCAUCUCAAGGGGAAGGAGUUAUUGGGAAGUAGGGGUCUCAGGUAAAACAGCAUGGGAUUUGGGAGUGGCCAAGAAAUCAGUCACCAGAAAGGGUUUGGUGACACUGAGCCCAGAGGAUGGUUACUGGGCGGUCUGUCUGAGAGGAGGCAGCGAGUACAGGGCCUGUGACCGUGAAUCAGUGCUUCUGUCACUAAAGACUCUUCCGCAGAGAAUUGGCAUAUACGUGGAUUUUGAAAAAGGACAGAUAUCGUUUUAUGAUCCGAGAGCAUGUGCACAUAUCUUCUCAUUCACUGGACAGUGCUUUAAUGAGAGCUUACUGGCCUACUUCAACCCAGACAUGAAUGACACUGGAAAUAACAAUGCACCACUGGUUAUACAACCUGUCAAUGAUGACAAUAGGGAUACUGUGACAAUAUGAAGACUGAAAGUCAACAAAAACAGAAAUGUAACAAAUUAAUUUUUGUCAGAUUGAAGAAAGUAAUGAUAAUUAAGCUGUACAUAUGCUUUUGAUAUGUGCUGAAUAAACUAUAUAUCUAAUAUGUUAAAUAAUGCAAUGAGAACACAAAUCGUUUAUUCCAGAUUUGAUUUAAUAUAACAUUUGUGAUUCAGAGAUAAAUAAAAUUUCCAAAAUCACUUGUAAUUAAAAGUGUAAAAUUUAUCCAGUCACACAAAUUUUCACUUUAUAGUGACUUUUCAUAGAUAUAAUGAUUUUAUACUGUACAAACUGUAUGUUCUAUCUCCUAACCCUAACCCGAGGUGUACAUGGCAAUCAGGGAAAACAAGAUAUCAUGGCCUUGAAUUAAGAUUCUGUUUUUACGACUUAAUAAUGACUUAACUACGACUUUAUUGAUAACAUUUUUAUAAAUUAAGACAUCCCCAAAUGGAGGUUUUUGGACAUUUUCCAGGUAUAGCUCACUUCUAGGAUAAAUAGGAACACACACACAC